AUGCCAUUUGGCUCGCUCUCAGUAUCCAACGUGGCCAUUCCACAGUAUGCCCCUCCGUAUCCUGUGGAUGGCUGUGACUUUACAAGUGAAACUGUGCUCACAGUUACCUAUCAAACAUCGUUGCUAUGCGUACGCCAUCUUGUGCCGAAUAUGUUAGAGCUCGAGGACGAGCCACAGGUAUCGGUAAUGAUUGUGCAGCACAAUAUGACCUCUUUCGGUCCAUACAACGAAUAUGUCCACUCGGUCAAAGUCAAAUAUAACGGCAACACGUUUGACUACUUCCUUUCCCUUAUCCUAGACAAUGACUCACCAGUAUUAUGCGGCCGCGAGCAAUUCGGAUUUCCUAAGAAAUUGGGGAACGUGACGUUAGCGUCGAAAACUGGAUCGACAGUUGUUCGGGGCUACGUGGAGAGACCUAUAGGUCAAAAGAUUGUUGAAGUUGGUUUCGAGCCUAAACAGAAAGUGAAGGGCCCGGUUGAGACAACAAUCCAGGGGUUAAAUUUACGAGUCAUCCCCUCUGCGGUUUCGGGUCAAAGUCCGUCCAUCAAGGAACUAGUGCCAGUGGAUAUCAGUAUGGAGGCAAGCGAGGUUUGGCAAGGCUCUGGUUCUAUCUGCUUCCCAGAGCCAUCGAUGUUCGAUCCGAUGCAUGAAGUCAAAGUCCUUCGAUACGUAUCAGCGACUCUAUUGCGGAAUGCAUCCCUUGCAAUCCCUCUGCCGACAAAAGUGUUCCAGUUAUAG